GUCUGGUCCUGCUCUUCUACCUGAUCUUCUACCUGUUUCUGGCUGGGAUGUUCACUUUCACCAUGUACAUUUUGCUGCUGACGCUUGACGACUACAAGCCCACCUGGCAGGACCAGCUGGGCACUCCAGGGAUGAUGAUUCGUCCAAAAGGUGAUCAGCUGGAGAUCACUUUCUCCGUGUCGGACACGGGGAGCUGGGAUGGCUUCGUCCAGAACCUGAACGACUUCCUGACCCCCUAUGAUGACAGUACUCAGGUUCAGACCAACGAUAAUUGUCCUCCUGAUCAAUACUUCAUCCAAGAAGACAGUGGAGAGGUGAGGAACAAUCCCAAGCGCUCCUGUCAGUUCAACCGCACCAUGUUGGGGGAGUGUUCUGGGAUGGCGGACCGUUUCUAUGGUUACAGCAGAGGCCAGCCCUGCAUCCUUCUCAAACUGAACCGGGUGAUCGGGAUGCUACCUGGGAAAGAUGGACAGUCUCCUUAUGUCACCUGUGGAGCCAAGAAAGAAGACAGUGAGAAGAUUGGACCUCUGGAUUAUUAUCCCAUGAAUGGAACCUUUAACCUGAUGUACUACCCAUACUACGGAAAAAAAGCUCAGGUGAACUACACUCAGCCUCUAGUGGCCAUAAAGUUCCUGAACGCCACGCUGAACACCGACAUCAACAUGGAGUGUAAAGUGAUCUCCAACACUCUGCUGGCCGGAAGUGAGAGGGACAAGUUUGCAGGACGAGUGUCCUUCAAGCUACGAAUCAACGACUAAUGAACUCAGUAACACGAUUUAGUUAAAGCUGCACCGUCCUCAGUUUCUCUGUUUUGAUGUUCCAUCCUCGUUUCUUUACUCAAACCUUUGAUCCUUGGUUGUUUUACUUUGUUUCCUUAUUAAAACCUUAAAAAACUGUUUAUCAGCCAGGUCCGUGACGCCUUCACUAACUAGGUUUGUAAUACGUUAACUGUCUGGAUGCAUAAACGAAUCAUGAAUCUGGUCAGUGAACGCAUCAUGAAGCAGGUAGGUGAAGAUAUGACACAUUAAGUCAACGUUUCAUGAAAUGUCAGUGAACGCAUCAUGCAACCUGUCAGUAAAGGGUUUAUGAAGCUGGACAGGGAAUUUAUUUGUUUUGGGGGAGUUUGUAUUUUUAUUUGUAACAAAUAAAAACGAACAGUUCAGGGACAAAGAGACAACAGAAACCAGUUAACCCUUGUUGUGUCCUCAAAUACUGUUCACAACCUGGAAAUUUUACUUUAAAACAAACAAACAAACAAAAAACUGAUAAAAUCUACAACACAGAUGAAAUUAGAAACAAGAUCAAUAAAAUAAUAAAUAAAAAUAAAAGUUGAACAUUAGAACAGAAUCAAGUCAAGAACUGGUUUUGAAACUGAAUCAAAGCCAGGUCAGAGAAACACAAACUAGUUCAGACAACAGGUCGGAAACUGUUGUCUCCUUGUUUGUUGUCAUGGAAACAGAAUAGUGUACAACCAAUCAGACUGCAGCUUGAGUAACCAUGACAACGUGUGCUUUUAACCUUUUUUUGAUCAACUGAUGUUUCUGUUACCUUUGUGCCUGCAGCUGAUUAGGUUUUAAUUAGAAAAGCAGCAGAUGAGUUAGUUUAGAUGAGUUAGUUAAUUAUUUAGUAAAUGAGUCAUCCCAACUUUCUGUUUUCUGAUACUUUGUGUACCAUGAGCACGGAAUAACAAACACUCGAUCACUCUUGUAUCACGUGGACACGCCCCUUUGUUAAUGUAAUGUGUGUUUCUCACCAAUCACCUUCCUUUAAAGACUGGCCAACCAAUCAGAUGGUCCCGCUGUAUGAUGUCAUGCUUCAGUUGUUUGUGAUUGUAUGUUUACAAAACAAUAAAAUUUUAAGAUAUUGAACAGGAAAAUAA